AUGAAAUUAAGCCAAUUAGAUUCAGAGCAAGACAAAAAUGACAUUGAGUCUGAACAUCUAUGGAAUCUAAAACGUACGGAUCGUUCUGAAAAGCUGGUUCGAAUUAAUCUACGCUUAUUGAAAGGCAAUAAUUCUUUUGCAAAAUCUCCAUUAUCUCAAAUAUUAACACAUAUUAAAAUGGUGACAAUGCAGGCCUGCAAUUAUCUUUUUUAACACUUCAGGCAAGAUAGCAAAAUUUAUUAGGCUGUACAUGAAACCUUCUUUUCUGUGACUGUAGAAAAGGACACUUUGGGGAUCUCAGAUAUUAGAAAGUCAAUUCUAGGAGCAAUAUCUUUUUACGCAAUAAAACGCCAGAGCUUUUUUCCCCUCAAAACUGAAUAUAUAUUUAUAAGGGAUCUUUUUGAUAGCAUUGGACAUUCAUUUUAAUUUUUAAAAUUAACUUGUCCUUUUCAGAUUUGUUGAAAAGCAGCAAAUUGUUGGUUAUAGUUUUAAGAUGCCUAAUCUAUAGGCAAGCAUCCUGGGCCAUAUUUUUUUCUGGUCAGUAUUCUACUGGUGUAUAGCAAUCUUUUAUGGUGGAUAAAUUAUAGUUGCAUCCAGUAAACGAAUCUCUUGCUAGAAUUUACUGAAGCCAGAAAUCAUAAGUUGCAAAGUCUGCCUUUAAUCAUAAUUUUAUCUCAAAUUCACGUCACCCAUUGAAUGGCUCUUCCAGAUAAUCAUUUUUUUGGGAGUUAUGAAGAUAACGACCUAUAUAAGUCGAAUCUAUUUAUAGCAGACGAAAAUGGCAACAUCAAAAUAAUAAAAUCUGGUCCACCACGCGCUGAGGAGUUUGAUUACUUUGCCUCUUGCUAUUAUGAUGAUUCAAUUUUCAUUUUUGCUGAUGAAGGAUAUGCUGAAAGAUAUAUAAUACAACAAAAUAGGUGGAUACAUCUGACUAAUUUCCCAACUGGUUUAUUUGAACCGAGGCGAUCUAUAGGGUUCAACCAAAAAAUUAUUAUUCGCCCAAAUUAUGAUGAUCAAUUUUGAGUAUACGAUAUUAAUUUGGACUCCUAUAGUGAAUGUUUGCUAACUGGAAACCAUGGUCAAAAAAUGAUAAAAGAUUCAGGAAAAAUUUAUUCAAUAAAUUAUACUUCGUCUACUUCAAUAUUAUAUUGCUUUAAUCCUUUUGAAGAAUGGAGAUGUGUUAAACAUCACGAUCAGCUUCCUGAUGACUUAAUGUAUGCACCUUCUGUGUAUUCCAAGGGAUCAAUUUAUUAUCUUACUCCGAGUUCCAUAAUUUUUAAGUCGUAUAUAUUAUAUAUUUUAAUAAAAUUUAAAUAAAUAUUUUUUAUUAAAGCCGUGCUAGAAGGAUGAAUAGAAAUAGAAUUUUAUAUGAAUUUUCACUCAAGACAUUUAAAGUAAAGGUAGGGAAAGCCUUUUAA